CAUUCCCUUUAUCAUCGUUUAUAUCUGCCUGCAACCUUUUUGCCCUGCUGGUAGCCCUCUUCUCCCUAACCCACUUCCCAGGCCUCUCACAGCUCUGACAAAACUCCCAUUCUCUGGACCAUGAUCCAUCGUAACCCUCUUAACUCCUCAGCAUUGCCUGCUCUCUACUCGUUCCCUACGCUGAACGUUGGGAAACCGUUCAGUGAGUUGAUUUAAAAUUCUGUUUAAAUGAUUUCUAAAAUCUUCAGAAGGAGAAAAAAAAAAAAGGAAGGAGAUGAGGAAGAAGGCAGAGGAUGCCACAAGGUUAAAAAUGGUCAUUGGAGUGAUUCACACUUUAAUGGCUUUCUGCUGAGGUGGGCGUGAGCAUGGCCACUGACCUUGUUUUCUUCUCCGUGGACAAUGAGUGUUAGCUUCCUGUGCAGACAGAGCUAGUGAAGCUGAAAGGACAACCUAUUGGCAAAACCUCAGAAGUGGGCAAUAGUAGUGUAGAGUCUGAACUUCAGACUAGUGACAUUUAGGGUUGCUAUGAAUCCAGAAGACAAACUUGUGGUCAGAGACUGGGGAUUUGUCUGUGCUCAAGCAAUAGCCACAAGAUAGAAUGGAGGUUGCCUGGCUGGGUUGAUAACCAGAAAUUCAGAGAAGUCUAGAUAGCAGAGUGAAAUGGAGCUGGGGAUAUGCAGGGAAUUUGGGUGUUCCAGGACUUAAAAUGAGCAUGAGAGUAUAGCCAGGUACAGCAUAGACAUGAAUUUGGGUGUGGGAGGAUGGGGUGGGUGGGGCCCCAUACAUCAGCACAGCUAGGAAUGAAUGGCUUGGAGCCAUUCUGUCUUGAGGGUGGCUGAGAGGGCAUAGCACGUAGAGCUGUGUUGGUGCAGGGUAAGGGCCCCAGAGUGAGCUAAGAAGGUAAAUUCAUGCUAACUUAUUUGUCAUCAUCUUUAAAUGAUACUAAGUUUAGCUUUGGCUCAAAUGGAGCACAUGCCUAGGUGAGGGAAGUGAUGCUCAGGGCAAGUAACUUACUCAAGAUCAUACAGCUGAGGCGGACUCCUAUCUCACCCGGUUCACUGUCCCUCAGACAUAUAAUUACUCUGUCCUCCUUGUGGAUCCUGCUUCCCAUACGCUUUAUGUCGGCGCCCGGGACACCAUCUUCGCUUUAUCCCUGCCCUUCUCAGGGGAGAGACCCCGCAGGAUUGACUGGAUGGUGCCUGAAGCCCACAGACAGAACUGCAGGAAAAAAGGCAAGAAGGAGGACGAAUGUCACAAUUUUGUCCAGAUUCUCGCCAUUGCCAAUGCCUCUCACCUCCUCACUUGUGGCACCUUCGCUUUUGAUCCGAAGUGCGGGGUUAUUGAUGUGUCCAGUUUCCAGCAGGUUGAAAGACUUGAGAAUGGCCGGGGGAAAUGUCCUUUUGAGCCAGCUCAGCGGUCAGCAGCUGUAAUGGCUGGGGGCGUCCUCUAUGCUGCCACUGUGAAAAAUUACCUGGGGACGGAGCCGAUUAUCUCCCGGGCUGUGGGUCGCACGGAGGACUGGAUUCGGACAGAGACCUUGCCCUCCUGGCUUAACGCCCCAGCCUUUGCUGCAGCCGUGGCCUUGAGCCCAGCAGAGUGGGGGGAUGAAGACGGAGAUGACGAGAUCUACUUCUUCUUUACGGAGACUUCCCGAGCAUUUGACUCGUAUGAGCGCAUUAAGGUCCCACGGGUGGCCCGUGUGUGUGCGGGAGACCUUGGGGGCCGGAAGACCCUCCAGCACAGAUGGACGACCUUUCUGAAGGCUGACCUACUCUGUCCAGGCCCUGAGCAUGGCCGGGCCUCCAGUGUCCUGCAGGACAUGGCCAUUCUCCGACCUGAGCACGGAUCGGAGACCCCCAUCUUUUACGGCAUCUUUUCCUCCCAGUGGGAGGGGGCGGCCAUCUCUGCUGUCUGUGCCUUCCAACCCCAAGACAUUCGGACAGUGCUGAAUGGUUCCUUCAGAGAGCUGAAACAUGACUGCAACAGGGGACUGCCUGUCAUGGACAACGAUGUCCCCCAGCCCAGACCUGGAGAGUGCCUCACCAACAACAUGAAGCUCCAGCAGUUUGGCUCAUCACUCUCCCUGCCUGAUCGUGUGCUCACCUUCAUCCGGGACCACCCUCUCAUGGACCGGCCAGUAUUUCCAACCGAUGACCAUCCCCUGCUCGUCACUACAGAUACAGCCUAUCUCCGAGUUGUGGCGCAUAGGGUGACCAGCCUCUCAGGGACAGAGUAUGAUGUGCUGUACCUGGGGACAGAGGAUGGACACCUCCACCGAGCUGUGCGGAUUGGAGCCCAGCUCAGCGUCCUGGAGGAUCUGGCCUUAUUCCCAGAGCCGCAGCCAGUUGAGAGUAUGAAAUUGUAUCAGAAUUGGCUCCUGGUGGGCUCCCGAACCGAGGUGACACAAGUGAACACCACCAACUGUGGCCGUCUCCAGAGCUGCUCAGAAUGCAUUCUGGCCCAAGACCCUGCCUGUGCCUGGAGCCUCCGGCUGGGUGCGUGUGUGGCCCAUGCUGGCGAGCAUGGCGGGCUGGUCCAAGACAUAGAGUCGGCAGAUGUGUCUUCUUUGUGUCCCAAAGAGCCGGGAGAACGCCCAGUAGUGUUUGAAGUUCCUGUGGCUACAGCGGCACACGUGGUCUUGCCAUGUUCCCCAAGUUCGGCAUGGGCGUCCUGUGUGUGGCACCAGCCUGGUGGGGUGACUGCACUUCCCCCCCGGCGGGACGGGCUGGAGGUGGUAGUAACCCCAGGCGCCCUGGGUGCUUACGCCUGCGAAUGUCAGGAGGGGGGCGCGGCCCGUGUGGUGGCUGCUUAUAGCUUGGUGUGGGGCAGCCAGCGGGGUCCCCCAAGUCAGGCCCACACAGUGGGUGCUGGACUGGCCGGCUUUCUCCUGGGGGUUCUUGCAGCAUCGCUGACUCUUCUUCUGAUUGGCCGGCGUCAGCAGCGACGGCGACAGAGGGAGCUUCUGGCUAGAGACAAGGUGGGCUUGGAUCUGGGGGCACCCCCAUCUGGGACCACAAGUUACAGCCAGGACCCUCCCUCGCCUUCUCCCGAAGAUGAGCGGCUGCCCCUGGCCUUGGCCAAGAGGGGCAGUGGCUUUGGUGGCUUCCCUCCACCCUUCCUGCUCGAUCCUUGUCCGAGCCCAGCCCACAUUCGGCUUACUGGGGCUCCUCUAGCCACAUGUGAUGAAACGUCCAUCUAGGGCAAGUGACUGCUAGUGCACAGGUGACCACUGGAGGGGGAUGACCAUUGAGAUGCUGGGGGUACUGAGCCUGGAAGAUGGUUAUGGGCUAUGAGUUCUCUUGGUCUUUGCAUCAUCACUUAGACUUCCAUGUCUGCCCUCUCAGGGCCUGGCUGGGCUCGAGGCCAGGCCUGUGCUUGAUCUCCUGAUUCUCAUGAGAGAUCAGAGCUGCUGUCUCCAGUGAAUCAGGACUUUUCCCACUUCUGCCCUCCGAACCGCUGCAACUCCUUCAGCCUUGGCUCCCUAUCUUGGGCCCGUUAGUUUGAGGUUGGGGAAUGGGCCGUAGCUUUGACAUUGCCUUCUGGUGGGCCCUGGCUGGAAGGAAGAGCGCUAGAGGCGGUGGGGGCUAGUGUGCAUUAAGUUCCUUUGUUCAUUCUCUUAGUUUAUGGGAUUCUCUGUGGGGAGUGCAUGAUCCCCAUGUUGCAAGAUGAAAUCUCUGCCCUGAGAUGUCCCCCAACCCAGUUGUCCUUCCAUGAAAGUGAGUGUCAGUAUGCAGGUGUUUGUGGAAGGCCUGGCCACAUGUGCAUGCAGGACUGGGCUGGUACUCAGGUGUACCCCUGGGGGUCAGACCCAGUGCUCAGGUAUAUCCCGGGGGGGCAGGUGGGGAAAGGUGGGAAUGAGGCAUUGCCUGCAGAACUUCAGACCCUGUAGCCAGUGAAGGAAUGGCUUUCCUUUCUAAAAAGAAACAAACCACCACCUGGGCCCCAUCACCUAUAACCCUUCUCUUGAGUAGUGGAAAAACUCCCAAAGUGACCUUUUGGGCGGGCGGGACAGUGGUACGCGUGACCCAGUCAUUCUUUGUUUUUGCCUCCCGGCUGCCACCACUGCCACACACAGCUGUUCUUUCUCUUUGGCUCCCGUUAAAAAGACUUCACAACCUUCUAAGUAUUAAGGGACAACAAAAGGGGAACAGUCAUAGGAAAUACAAGUUGCAUAAAAAUAGGUUUGUAUCAGUGACUUUACUCAGGUUGACACCCUUGCCCUAAGUCAGAAGUUCUCCACCUGGGGUCCAUGGACUCCCUGUAAUCGUAUGCAAAAUGUUGUCGGUACAUGUGAGUCUGUAUUUUUAUGGGGAAUGGGGUGGGUGGGUAUGGUUUUCAUCAGCUUCUCAAGGCCUUAACCAGUUAAAGGACUAUGCCUCGAGGUCGCCACCCAGUGGUCAAGAUGAGGGAGUGCCAGUGAGCGGCAGUUCUUCCAGCCCUACCAUCCCGUUCCCUGUGGUCAGCCCUGGGACUCGCAGCUGCUGGAUGCCCUCUUGUUUCUCCGGUUCUUGGAAGCUGGGCUCUGCGUGUAUUUGAAGAUACUAUCAACUCCUACCAAACAUAAAGACCUCUUCCUGCUUCACAGCUCCCAGUUGCUCUAGGCUUCUCCUGCUCGGUUCUGGUCUUGGCCCGUGUAUGUGCCUCGUUCAUCCCUGGUGAGGGACCUCCCCCCACACCCCCCCGAGCUCCAGUGAAUGAUCCAACCCCUCCCAGUUGAAGUUUUUGGCUCUACUCUCCUUGGCAGCAACCUGUGAACUAUUCAAAAGAGUCCCCUUGGGUUUGGAAUUACCUAAUAUGUGUAUGAUUUUCAGCAAGUGAUCUAAUGUAGGAACACUGGUUUGUUCAGCUGUAAAGUGGGGAUAGUAAUACCUACCUCGGGGUUGCUGCAAGGAUUGAAUGGGAAGACAUGUAAACAAUAAAGCAGUGUCUACACCAGUA